AUGUCGACAUCCCCUGACCUCAAGUCAGACAGUGGGGACUUUUCGUCCUUGACACCAACGGACCCAAUCCAGCGAUAUCUGAUAUCCGCUUUUGCAGCCAUUACGUGGUACAACGCCAUUGAGCUUGUUGUGCUCUGUCUGACGACCUUCAAUCGAUACCGGGGCUGCUAUUUCUGGAGUUUACUGAUCACUUCCUUCAGUCUCAUCCCCCACUGUGUGGGAUACCUGCUCUUUGUCUUCUCCUUCGGAAUCUCUCCUUAUAUCCCCGUUUCGCUGAUCGCCCCAACAUGGUUCUGCAUGGUUACCGGCCACUCCCUCGUUCUCUGGUCGCGAUUACAUCUCGUGCUGCAGGCGCCAAAAGUCCUCAAAGCCCUCCUGGUCACGAUCCUCCUCGACUGCUUUCUCUUCCAAACCCCUACCAUUGUCCUGCUGUACGGAUCUUUGUCGCACGACGGGCAGUGGUCAAGGGGGUAUGAUAUAAUGGAACGGAUCCAGCUGGUGGCCUUUUGCAUCCAGGAGGCCAUCCUGUCCGGUAUAUACGUGUGGGAGACGGUGAAGAUGCUCCGUCUCCGCCCCGAGCGGCCAUGCUUCGUCAUCCUCACACAACUGCUCGUCAUCAAUGUGAUCAUCUUCAUCCUGGACGUGGCUGUCGUUGCGAUCGAGUAUGCCGGAUACUAUGCACUGCAGGUGAUGUUCAAGCCUGUCGCGUAUAGCAUCAAGCUGAAGCUGGAAUACGCUAUUCUGGGCCGACUGGUCAAAAUUGCCCGUGGAGAGGGUGCGAGCACAAGCUAUGAUCAGGACCCGUAUUCGCCAAGCGCCCGCGGAUUCAACAUCACUGCAUCGGGCUGCGAGGAUUCAGUUAGUAACGGCGCAGGCGUAUCUGCUGUUCGGCAGAUACAUUCCGACUCGUUCACAAGGCAUAAUUCCGGAUUGUCCCAUGACACCCUGGGUCCCUACUAA